AUGGACGUCCUCGGAGAGCACUGCACGGCAACGGCGUCGGCAUCGGAUUCUGCCGAGCCCUUACAUGAUUUCCAGUUUGUGAGCCAUCGGUUGCCUUGCGUUCUUUGUGACCAGAUUUGCGAGGCCCUUGCUCGAUCGCUCUCGUCGCGUGCAAUGCAGUCGUACCAAGUCGAGCACCUGCACUCGGCUGAGGCCGUCGACGACGCCAUCAACCGCGAGGGCGAGAGCGGCCGCCUGGUGGUCGUCCGCUUCGGCCGCGGCGGCCACGGCGACUGCGUCCGCUUCGACGACGCCCUGGCCGCCGCCGCCGAGCGGGUCGGCCCCGGCGUCGCGGCGAUGUACGCCGUCGACAUCGAGGAGGUGCGGGACUUCAACGCCAUGUACGAGCUCACGGAGCCCUGCACCGUCAUGUUCUUCUACGGGUACCGCCACGUCAACGUCCGCGGCCUCCGCGGUAGGGAUGGCAUCGACUGGGCGGCGUGCACCGGCGGCGAGUUCGCCGGCCUCGUCCUGGCGGUGCACGAGCGGGCAAAGGCCGGGCGUCGCCUCGUCAUAGUCGACUAG